UGAAUCUCACAGAUCUUACCCAGCUGAACCACUCCUACGCAUCCAUGUGUUCCAAAUUGAUAUAUGACAAUAUCUACUUUCGAUCACGUGUUGCGGGGCGACUUAGACGGAUUGCGCGUCAUCUCGCCUUCCCAAAUUUUCUCCUUCUGCAGCUCGAAUCCAAAACAUCAUAUCUGUAGUACGGACUACAGGAGAAAGAUGUUUAACUCUGUUAAUCUGGGCAACUUCUGCUCCCAGACGCGUAAAGACCGGACAUCCGAGUUUGGGGACAGGACUGGCUGUGCCUCCAACAUCUACCUCCCCAGCUGCACCUACUACGUUCCCGAAUUUUCCGCCGUCUCUUCGUUCCUUCCACAGGGGCCCUCGCGACAAAUCACAUACCCCUAUUCCACAAAUCUAUCUCAAGUGCAACCAGUGCGAGAUGUUUCUUAUGGUCUGGACCCCUCCAGCAAGUGGCACCACAGAACCAACUAUGCAUCGUGCUACUCAGGAGAAGAUCUGGUGCACAGAGACUGUCUUCCGCCAUCCACCAUGACAGAAAUGCUCAUGAAAAACGAGAGUGUGUACAGCCACCACCACCACCACCAGCAUCAUCCGAACUCUAGCCACCCGUCCACUGGUUUCUACACCGGCGUAGGGAAAAGCAACGUGCUCCCUCAAGGUUUUGACCGCUUUUUUGAAACCGCCUAUUGUAGCACGGACAAUCAGUCAGAACAUUGUUUACAAAAGAGCGAGAUGAACAAAUUAGAGACUUCGUCCCAGCAACCCACAGCUGUUUCCGCAGCGCAGGAGCCGGAAAAGGACGCAGAGGAUGAGGAGGAACAUACAAAUUCGGGCUCGUGCACUUCAGCAGCUACUAAGGACGGCAACGCAAGCAAGAGCAGCCAUUCGAGUAUCCCGCGCACAAGAAAGAAGAGAUGUCCAUACUCCAAGUUUCAGAUUCGUGAACUGGAACGAGAAUUUUUCUUUAACGUUUACAUCAACAAGGAGAAAAGGCUGCAGCUGUCCAGAAUGUUAAACCUUACUGACAGACAAGUCAAAAUAUGGUUUCAAAAUCGUAGAAUGAAAGAAAAGAAAUUAAGCAGAGAUCGCUUGCAGUAUUUCUCUGGGAAUCCGUUGUUGUAAUUGUUGAAAUGGCGUUGCCUUUUAUUUAAUAUCUCUGCAAACUAAAAUUACGUAUGUCUAAAAAUGCCCUUCAAGCUAAUUAAAUCAUUAGAAAAUGUGUUUGUUACGGCCAGCAACAGUACUAAAAACUGUUAGACUUGUUUGAUUGUAAUAGCUGAAGGUGGGGAGAGAGAAUGCAAAUUUACUUAAUGUCAAAUUAAACCGGCAUUUCUAGUUUGUGAUUCAAAAAACUCAAACGUACACCUCACAAGUUUUGUUUAAAAAUCAUCACUUUGAAAAUAGUCACAAAAUAGCCUACUAUAAUAUAUUAUAAAAUUGUACCCUCUAUCCUUUUAUGGUUGUAUAUAUGUACAUUAAAACACAUACACUCGACUCUGGUUCGAAUCUGGAGAUGUCAUACUUUUUUAUGUUUUCAGCAUUUAGAACUGUGACUUGUACAAUCUGUAAUAUUGUAUUCCUUGUACAGAGAUUAUGCAUUGUGCAUUCGUGAAUGUAAAUAUAAUGUUAUUUUGAGUAUCCUCACCCUAUCCCUGCUGCUAUUUUUCUUUACAUUGCCUUUGCAGCCUUGUGAGCUUUGUCGUUCGAUUCUUUAAAUUAUUUGCUGUACGCCCAAAGUUCUCAUUUAUUUCGGAGGGAUAGCUCAGCGAUCCG